AGAUGGCUGCCCCUGCCCAGGAAGGUUCAGAGGCGGAAGUGCGGUACCGGAAGCAGCAGUUGCCAUGGAUCCCGCUGAGGACUGGCUGGUGGAAUCUUUACGCUUGUACCAGGAUUUCCAUGAAUUCGACCUCUCGGGAGCCACUCGAGUCCUUGAAUGGAUUGGUGACAAAGGAAUCUUGGUUGCUGGCUAUGAAAGCCUGAAAAAAAAUGAGAUUCUUCAUCUGAUAUUACCUCUCAGACUUUCUGUAAAAGAAAACCAGGGUUUAUUCCCUGAAAGAGAUUUCAAGGUACGCCAUGGAGGAUUUUCAGACAGGUCUGUCUUUGAUCUGAAGCACGUGCCAGACACCAGGUUGCUGGUGACCAGUGGCCUUCCUGGUUGUUACCUGCAGGUGUGGCAAGUCGCUGAGGACAGUGAUGUCAUUAAAGCCGUCAGCACCAUCGAUGCACAUGAGAAGGAGGGACAUCCCUGGCCCAGGCUGGCCAUAUUCUCGUCUCCGGCGCCUGGGGUCCUCCACGGGGCGAGGCUCAGCAGCCUGAAGGUGGUGGACCUGGAGUCGCACAAGAGCACAUACACCUCAGGUAUUAGCGACGAUGAGCUGCUGAGUAGCCUGCAGGUCCUGGAUGCAAACACCUUUGCCUUCUGCUGCACCUCCGGCCGCCUGGGCCUUGUUGACACCCGCCAGAAGUGGGCCCCGUCAGAGAACCUCAGGCCCAGCCCUGGGUCCGCUGGAGGGAGGUGGUGUGCAGAAGUCGGCGGCCGGGGCCCAGGGCCUCGCAUCGCCAGCCUUGGCUCGGACGGGCAGCUCUGUCUUCUUGACCCACGGGAUCUCAGCCAGCCUGUGAGCUCAGUCCAGUGCCCAGUGUCCACACCCAGCCCUGACCCAGAGCUGCUGCGAGUGACUUGGGCUCCAGGCCUAGACAACUGCUUGGCUAUCUCAGGUUUUGAUGGGACGGUCCAGAUCUAUGAUGUCACGUCUUGGAAUGGAGUGGGGGGCCAAGUGGAACCUCUCUUCACUCACAGAGGUCACAUCUUCCUAGAUGACAGUGGCGUAGACACUGCUCCACUGGUCACCACCCAUACCUGGCACCCCUGCAAACCAAGGACUUUGCUGUCGGCAGCGAGUGAUGCCUCACUGCACGUGUGGGACUGGGUGGACCUCCGUGCUUCGCACUGACACGAGCAUCUUUCCACCCGGGCCCUGGGAAGAGGAGGUGUUACUGGAUAGCAAGGAUUCAAGUGACCACAGGGCCCUGUUCCAGCUGAGUGGCCGUGGGCAAGUUAACCAGCUUCCUGGCCCCACUUUCUUUCUUUGUGAAAUGAGACUGGUCAUCAACUGUCUGGCAGGGUUGUUGGGAAAGUUAGAAGUAACAUAUUUAAAAAUAAUGGGUAGGGUGCAUGGCACAAUACAUGUUUGGUGGCUACUGUUAGAUCUGGGAGCCCCGUUUCCCUCAAGUUUUACCCCUGUCUGUAUUCACAAUAUCAUACAAUCUAAAGAGUUAGUGAAUGUAAA